AGAUGAACGAACAGCAGGGAGCUUUUCCUCCUGUAUCUCAGUGUGAGUGUUUUCUCUGGCAGAUAAAUGUCCGAGUUACAACCAUGGAUGCGGAGCUGGAGUUUGCCAUUCUGCCCAGCACAACUGGCAAACAGCUUUUUGACCAGAUAGUGAAGACCAUCGGGCUGAGGGAAACGUGGUUCUUUGGCCUGCAGUAUCAGGACAGCAAAGGCUUCUCCACCUGGCUGAAGCUGAACAAGAGGGUGACAGCUCAAGACGUGAAGAAGGACAACCCUUUGUUGAUCAAGUUCAGGGCCAAGUUCUACCCCGAGGACGUCGCCGACGAGCUGAUCCAGGAGGCAACGCAGCGCCUCUUCUUCCUGCAGGUGAAAGAAGGCAUCCUAAAUGAUGAUAUAUACUGUCCUCCUGAGACUGCGGUGCUUUUGGCCUCAUACGCGGUUCAGGUCAAACAUGGAGACUACAGGAAAGACUAUCACGUACCGGGAUACCUCACAAGAGAGAAGCUGCUGCCACAGAGGGUUUUGGAGCAGCACAAGCUGAACAAGAGUCAGUGGGAGGAAAGAAUCCAGGUGUGGCACCAAGAGCACAAAGGAAUGCUGAGAGAGGACGCGAUGGUGGAGUACCUGAAGAUAGCCCAGGAUCUGGAGAUGUACGGGGUCAACUAUUUCAGCAUCAAAAACAAGAAAGGGUCGGAGCUGUGGCUGGGAGUGGAUGCGCUGGGGCUGAACAUCUAUGACAAAAAGGACAAGAUGACCCCAAAGAUUGGAUUCCCCUGGAGUGAGAUAAGAAAUAUUUCCUUCAAUGACAAGAAGUUCCUCAUCAAGCCAAUUGACAAGAAAGCUCCGGACUUUGUUUUCUACGUACCUCGUCUUCGCAUCAACAAACGCAUCCUGGCGCUGUGCAUGGGGAAUCAUGACCUGUACAUGCGCAGACGUAAACCUGACACCAUCGAGGUGCAGCAAAUGAAGGCCCAAGCCAGGGAGGAGAAGAACAAGAGGCAAAUGGAGAGGGCUCUGCUCGAGAGUGAGAAAAAAAAGCGAGAAAAUGCUGAGAAGGAAACAGAGAAGAUUGCUCGUGAGACCAUGGAGCUCAUGGAGAGAUUGAGACAGAUUGAAGAACAGACAAAGAGAGCUCAAGAUGAGCUGGAGGAGCAGACCCGUAGGGCGCUCGAGUUAGAGAAGGAGCGAACAAUUGCUCAGGAGGAGGCAGAGCGCCUGGACAAGGACCGUAGAGCUGCAGUGGAGGCUAAAGCAGCCCUGCUACACCAAUCUGAAACCCAGAUCAGGAACCAGGAAAGCCUGGCCACUGAGCUGGCAGAUCUUACCUCUAAGAUCUCCCAGCUGGAAGACGCCAAGAAGAAAAAGGACGAAGAGGCUAAAAGAUGGCAGAAAAGGGCGAUGAUGGUAGAAACGGAUCUGGAGCGAACCAAAGAGGAGCUGAAGACUAAACUGAUGGGCGUCCACAUCCAGGACACGGUCCACACUCACAUGCACGACCACGAUGAGACGGACGAGAGCAGCGCGGAGGCCAGCGCUGAGCUGACUUCUCCAGGCAUGGUCCGAGAUCGCAGCGAGGAGGAGAGAGUCACGGAGGCCCAGAAGAACCAGAGACUGCAGAAAAACCUCAAGUUCCUGAGCACUGAGCUGGCUGCAGCCGUAGACGAGAGCAAAAAGACCCCCAAUGACCUGAUCCAUGCUGAGAAUGUGAAGGCGGGCCGCGACAAAUACAAGACCCUGCGUCAGAUUCGUCAGGGCAACACUAAACAACGCAUUGAUGAAUUUGAGUCCAUGUGAGAGAGAGUCCACGCUCGGCCCCGCGCUAGAUGAUGGAUUGGACACAUUUAGAGAUUUUAGGAAAGCGCAGAUUAUCGCAUAACUAGUAAAUUAACUUAACACCUAACUGUUUGAAUGUGACAACAAAUGAUAUUGUGCUCUGAUGUCUCUAAAGUUUAUGAUUUUCAUUUCAUUAGUAAACAAGUCACCGCUGAGAAAAAGAAAACUGUCCUUGGAAAUACAUUUUUAAUUUCACAAAAACAAAAACCAAACACUCCCAGUCUAGUCUAGUGUUGCAAACAAAUAAUACUAAUUAUCAUCAUUGCUCUUUUUUUUUUUUGUUUUUAUUAAAAUAAAAUAAAAAAAGGGUUGUCAAUCUGAUUAGACACAAUUGCAAUUUCAAUAUGCCAUAUGGAAGACUUUAUCAAUGUUGAUUAAUUGAAGCAAUGACAUUUAAGGCAAUUGUUAUUAUUCCAACUA